AUGGCAAUCACAUCAAUGAUAUAUACUAUUACCAUUUUGAAUGUAAUAUUUCAUCAUAAACAAGCUCAAGCUGCAUUAUCACAAUCAUUAUCAUUAUCAUCAAAUAAAAUUCAACCAGAAAAACGUGGACCAGAAUUUUUAGUUGAACCACCUAGUUUGGUGAUAUUUUUAAAUGAUACAGGAAGUAUUAUAACCUGUAGUGCCAAAGGAAUACCAGCGCCAACAAUAACAUGGACACGAGCAGAUGGAACACCAUUAGUACAGAUACCUGGAAUACGGCAAAUACGUAAAGAUUUACUAACAACACAGCUUGUAUAUUUACCGUUUUCAGCAUCAACAUAUAGACAGGAUGUUCAUUCGGGUAUUGUACGUUGUAUAGCUGCCAAUCAAGCUGGAUCAAUUCAAAGUCUUGAUGUUCAUAUUCGUGCCAGUGUUCGUCAACCAUAUGAAAUUCAAGUGUAUGAUGAUUUUGCUAUUGAAGGGAAUACAGGAAUUCUUCGAUGUCAUAUACCAAGUUUUGCACGAGAAUAUAUUCAUGUAACGAAUUGGCUACGUUAUGGUGAUGAUGAUCAUCCGAUAAUUUCUAAUCUACUUGGAGGUGGACGUUACAGUGUCAUGCCCAAUGGUGAGCUUCAUAUACAUCGAAUCAACAAUGAUGAUGUCAAUGAUAAUGAUGAUAAUGAUAAUAAUAAUGAUGAUGAUGAUCAAAAAAUCCAAAAAGAUCGCCACCAUCAUAGUCAUAAACGGAAGAAAAAAAUGAUGUUUCGAUGUCAAACGAAGCAUACCUUAAGUGGAAUGAUAAAAUUAAGUGCCAAUUAUGGACGAUUGAUUGUCACAAAGCCACAGACAAAAAUGCCGCCAAAAAUCAUCUUCAACAGUCCCGGUAGACAGAAAAUUAUUGCCAAUGUCGGUCAGACAAUCGAGUUGCCGUGUGUCGCCCAAGCUCAACCUUGGCCAUCUUUUACAUGGUAUCGCAUCAAACCAACAUCAAACGACUUGCAAUCAUCCUCUCAUCAUAGCCUUCUUUCAACGUUAAUCGAUGGAAACAAAUUGCAACGGCUUCAAUUGUGGACAUUUCAGGUUCCACUAAACAACAGAUCCAUUGAUAUAAAUGACAAGAAUGAAUUGCUCAACGGAGAGCAAUACAUUACACCGUAUCGCCUUAGCCGGGCAGGUCGAUUCGUUCAAGUGGAUAGUUCACUUUUCAUUCGUGAUGUAGCCAUCGCCGAUUCCGGUUAUUACGUCUGUGUUGCCAACAAUUCAAUGGGUGAAGAUCGUAUUGAAAUGGAACUGGUUGUCAAGGCGCCAUUAAGUGUCACUAUGACCCCAUCAUACAUAUUAGCUUCCGAUGGUGAUAAUGUAGCAUUCAAUUGCACGAUAACCGGCGGU